AGAGUACCUAGCUAGUAAAACAAUUGUCAAUAGAAACGCUAAGCCGCCAGCGGAUAUAUGUCUAGUUUGCGAACUAACCAGCCAUCCAUGUAUUAGGUACUUAAGUAGCUGUCGGUUAGCAAAAACAUUUGCUCGCGAGCAAGGAAGUCCGUGCGCGAGCUGGCGGAUAUGUAUUUGUCUCGAGGCGUUUUUAAUACGUUUUAGUUUGCUGUUUCUGCAGGGUGUCUCGCUGUGCCAGAAGGCCCUUUCGCGAUGUGGUUUGGUUUCUUAAUAAACAAGUGCUUCAGCCAUGGUUUUGUUCAGCUAGAUGCUUAUAGCAACGCGGGUGUAUUUACAUACACUAGCGUUGCUCCGAAUUGUAUUGGGUUGCACAGAAAACUGUCCGCGGGAAGCCCGUAGUUAAAUAAAAUAAAUAAUAAUUUAAACUUACUGUGCUGGUUGGACAUUAUGAAAACAUUGAAUUUGAAACUAAAUGUUUUCGUUGGACUAGCUGCCUCACGAGACCCUGAUCAUCCUCAAUACAGAGUAGCAGUUGGAGUGGGAGAGGACAGGAUCGAGGCAUGGAGGAGUCAAAAAGCCCAUUAAAAUCAGUCAAGCCCUCUCGCAACGAGGCCAAGGGAUCCAAAGCUUCAUCCUCUGCCAGCUCCAGGCCCCUGAAAGAGACUCCAGCCCAGAGAGAGUGCCCCAAGCCUGCCACUGCCUGUCGGAGCAAGGAGCACAUUACCGCAGCCAGGGAAGAGCAUAAGGACCAAGGCAGUAACUGUGGGACAGGCAGAGCCUCCACUGCCAGCCCUCAGAACCCAGGGAGAGGGAAGCCUCGUAGGCCAACUGGUAGGGCCAACUCUGGGGAGAGGGGGAAGGUGAGACUUGCAGGCCAGCGGCAGCAGAGGGGUGAUGCUAGGCCCUCGUUGGUUACAGGAUGCAGCCCGGCUGGUGUAGGUAGAGACACAGGAGACACAGGUAUGGUGGCCACUUCAUCUGAAGAAGGCCUUACUUUACAGACCAAGACAAGUCCAUUGAAGGAGAAGUCACCGUGUGAGAAGGCUGGUGCUGUGGUGGGCACGGGGCAGCCUGCAUUGGAGGUCACUGUGGUGGGGUCAGGGGUCAACGAGCGUGGUCAGGGUAGAAACAUGACCUCUGAGCAGAAGCUGGGUCUCAGACAGGCUGAGGAGCGCCUCUACAGAGACUACAUACACAGACUGGUCAAGCCGUCUCCUGAAUACCCUAACUUCCAGUAUCUAUGCAAGCUGUGUUCUGUACACAUUGAGAACAUACAGGGGGCACACAAACACAUCAAGGAGAAAAGACACAAGAAGAACAUCAUGGAUAAGCAGGAAGAGAAUGAGCUGCGGGCGCUGCCUGCCCCCUUCCCAGCCCAGCUGGGAGCCGUUGACGCAGCCGUCCUCCGGGCGGCCAACCAACACGGCAUCUCAGAGCAGGACUUCCUGGUGCGACAGGAAGUGGUCGACAGGAUGGAGAAGAUCAUCCAGCAGCACCUCUCAGUUUGCUCCCUUCGGCUCUACGGCUCCUGUCUCACCCGAUUUGCCUUCAAGACAAGUGACAUUAACAUUGACGUCACUUACCCCUCCACUAUGACCCAACCAGAUGUGCUGAUACUAGUACUGGAAAUCCUGAAGAACAGCACUGAAUAUUCUGAGGUGGAGUCUGACUUUCAUGCCAAAGUUCCGGUUGUGUUUUGCAGAGAUGUCAACAGUAGGUUGUUGUGCACGGUGAGUGCAGGUAAUGACGUAGCCUGCCUCACUACUAACCACCUGGCUGCCCUGGCUAGACUGGAACCCAGACUGGUGCCUCUGGUCCUGGCCUUCCGCCUCUGGGCUAAGUUGUGCCACAUUGACUGCCAGGCGGAGGGGGGUAUCCCCUCUUACUCCUUCUCUCUCAUGGUCAUCUUCUUCCUCCAACAACGCAGGGAGCCCAUCCUCCCUGUCUACUUCGGCUACUGGAUUGAAGGCUUUGACGUGAAGCAUGUGGACGAGUACCAUCUGACUGGGAUAGAGAUGGAUAUAUUUGUGGGGUGGGAGCACAGAUCCCCCAGUGCAGAGGGACGGGGGGACGGCAGGGGGGAAGGACGGAAGGCCACGUCUGAGCAAAAGAAACCUGAUGUGAAGACCCGGCAUGUAGCGGGGAAGACGCGUCUAUCCCUGGACCUGGGUAAGGGUGUUUCCCUGGGCCAGUUGUGGCUAGAGCUGCUGAGGUUCUACACGCUGGAGUUCCCCCUGGAGGAACACAUCAUCAGCAUCCGCCUCAAAGAACAUCUCUCGAGAGAGAUGAAGAACUGGCCCCGACGCAGGCUGGCGAUCGAGGAUCCGUUUGCCCCGAAGAGGAACGUCGCACGCAGCCUCAACAGUCAAAUGGUCUUUGAGUACAUCCAGGAGCUCUUCCGCACCGCCUACAAAUACUUUGCCUGCCCGCAGAGCAAGGACCGGAACGCAGUGGAGUGGCAGAGAGGCAAGAAUACAACCAAACAUGAGGGCAUGAAGUGGGAGGAAGGCGAAAGAAAGGGUGGAGAAGACGGGUCUGAGAAGAGUGGAGGUGGACAGGGCGAUGGGAAUGAAGGGAAAAGUCAGAGCUCUGAGACAGGUCAGAAGGAGGAUGGUGAGAGUGAUGAAGGGGAACGGGCUGAGCGGACAUUGAAUGGCGGGCUUAUGGACUUGGUCCUUAGUUGUGGGGGGGCUUCAACGGAUGGGGCUGUAGCGGAGCCUGGCACCACUCUGGAGCCUUGCUCCGCCUCAACCCACAACGGCCUACUGGAUGGGGCUGUAGCGGAGCCUGGCACCACUCUGGAGCCUUGCUCCGCCUCAACCCACAACGGCCUACUGGAUGGGGCUGUAGCGGAGCCUGGUACCGCUCUGGAGCCUUGCUCCGCCUCAACCCAGAACGGCCUACUGGAUGGGGAUGAAGAGGAGGAGAAGCAGGGACACAUUGCACCAGAGGACCUGCACUAUAUCUUCGACAGAAUGAUCUUCACUGGCGGAAAGCCUCCUACAGUCGUGUGCAGCACAUGUAAGAGAGAUGGCCAUCUGAAGGACGAGUGUCCUGAGGACUUCAAGAAGAUCGAGCUCAAACCGCUGCCCCCCAUGACCGACCGCUUCAGAGACAUUCUGGAUGGCCUUUGUAGACUCUGCUACCAUGAGCUGUCCCCUUCCCCUGCAGAGCAGCUGAAGAGAGAGCAGAUCCUGGGUAGUCUGGAGAGGCUCAUACAAAAGGAGUAUAAUGACAAUGCCCAGCUGUGUUUGUUUGGCUCCUCCAAGAACGGCUUCGGUUUCCGUGACAGCGACCUGGACAUCUGCAUGACCCUGGAGGGCCAUGAUACAGCAGAGAAGUUGAACUGCAAAGAGAUCAUCGAAGGCCUAGCCAAGGUGCUAAAGAAACACACAGGUCUGAGGAACAUCCUGCCUAUCACAACAGCCAAAGUGCCUAUUGUGAAGUUUGAACACAGACAGAGCGGACUGGAGGCAGACAUAAGCCUCUACAACACUCUGGCUCAACACAACACCAGAAUGCUGGCUACCUACGCUGCCCUGGACCCUCGCGUACAGUUCCUGGGAUACACCAUGAAGGUGUUUGCGAAGCGCUGUGACAUAGGUGACGCGUCCAGAGGAAGUCUGUCAUCCUAUGCCUACAUCCUCAUGGUGCUCUACUUCCUGCAGCAGAGACAGCCCCCUGUCAUCCCUGUUCUCCAAGAGGUCUUUGAUGGACAUUCUGUACCGCAGAGGAUGGUGGAUGGUUGGAAUGCCUUCUUCUUUGAUGCCAUUGAGGAACUGCGUCGGCGUCUGCCAGAGCUUCCGCAGAACCGCGAGACUGUGGGGGAGCUGUGGCUGGGCCUGCUCAGGUUCUACACCGAAGAGUUUGACUUUAAGGAGCUCGUCAUCAGCAUCCGCCAGAGGAAACGGCUCACCACCUUCGAGAAGCAGUGGACCUCCAAGUGCAUCGCCAUCGAAGAUCCCUUCGACUUGAAUCACAAUCUUGGUGCUGGAGUUUCUCGCAAAAUGACUAACUUCAUCAUGAAGGCCUUUAUCAACGGCAGGAAGCUGUUUGGUACUCCUUUCUACCCCCAGCCUGGCAUAGAGGCGAACUACUUCUUUGACUCCAAGGUGCUCACGGACGGGGAACUUGCACCUAAUGACAGGUGCUGUCGGAUCUGUGGCAAGAUCGGUCAUUACAUGAAGGACUGCCCCAAAAGACGCAGGUACACAGGGAGAGAACAUCAGGGGAUGAAGAAGAAGGAGAACGAAAAAGAGGAGGAUGUCAAGGAUGGAGACGAGCAUGAGCCACGGGAGCGUCGCUGUUUCCAGUGUGGUGAAAUUGGUCAUGUACGGCGGGACUGCCCAGAGCACCGCCACCUUAGACAGAAAGCCGCAGGGGGACCAGUGCGAGCCAUGGUAAGCUCCCAGUCCAUCCCCAUCCCCCAACCUCCCCAGGACCUCCCUGGACGCACCAGACAACCUUCCGAAUGUUCUGAUUCCCGCCAGACUCCGCCCUAUUCCCCUCAGCCCACCCUGUUCUCCCAGGGUUCGAGCCAAUCCUCCAGCUCCCCCCAGCCCUCCUCUUCCAAGACCUCCACCUCCGCUGGAGGGGUACCCCACAAGCAGCCCCAACAUCCCCAGGUUCCCCUCUCACUCUUUAGCUUCCCUUCCACCCACCCAAGCCAGUACCACCACCCUGGAGCUCUCACUGCUCUGGGGCUACUGCCAUCCCACCACAACCAGCACCAAUCACACCUGUCCCAGGGACACCAGGCCCAUCACCAACCUCACCACCCCUCCAUCUCAUGGCCCAUCCAUGGCCCCGUCCUCCAGACCUCCAGUGGCCCCGAAGGGCCCUCCCCGCCCAGCCUAAAAUUUCCCUUACGCCAGACCCCCGGGCAAGGGAAUGGGAACACAGGCCCAGGGGGUUCUCCGCUGGGUGGCAGCCCCAUGAACCUCAAUGACCCCAGCAUCAUCUUCGCCCAGCCGGCGGGGAGGCCCAUGGGCUUGGGAGGAGGGCCGGGACUGGAUGGGCACUGGCACAACCACCUGGCACAGCAAGGGGCACUGGUGGCUAAUGGCACUGUGGGCAAGUCAGAUCCGGGCUACCAGACCCAGUUUGGGGGGGUGAGUCAGCAGGGCUCUAGGAAUUGGGAGCACAGCAACGCAGCCCACUACUCCCAGUCCCCGUCCUACCGCAUGCCACAGAAGUUCAUCCAGCAGGGCAACGGAUGCUACCCACAACCCGGCAAGCACGUCAUGUCCCAAAGUUCUGUGGUGCACCCCAGUCAGCAUUUCCCGCUCCUCCCCCACGGACGACGACAUGUCAACCUCAAUUACAUCCAACAGAAGAAAUGAACUUUGAACUCUGCUCCCAUAGCAUAUCCAUUCAAUUAGUUUUUUAUGGUCCUUCACCAUGACGAAACAAAAACGAUAUAAUCGAACAUGUGCAUCAUUUGGUCACACUACUUUUUAAAUGAAUUUGAUCAUUUUUGUUAAAAAAAAAUUACAUUUUUUC